CCCGAGCAAAGAUCUACAGAACUCCAGUACAUAAUGGCAGAGAUGAAUUCAUUUUUCUGUUUUUCUUUUCUUCUGGUAAUUUGUGGCAUGGCUACUGGUCUGACAAAAGAAUAUAUUUACAUCAGUGAUCCAAAGAACUGGUAUGAUGCUCAGACCUACUGCAGGGAAAACUAUAAAGAUCUUGCAACCAUCACUUCUAAUGAGGAACAGCAGAGACUUAUAAAGUCCCCAGGAAAGUCCUGGUUAGCUGGUUGGAUUGGGCUGAAUAAAGAGACACUCACCUGGAAAUGGUCUGAUGGAGAACUGACAAACUACUAUCACUGGCAGUACACACUGCCCAUCAUAAACUAUGAUUGUAUUGCUACGUAUUCAAAUGGAUGGAAUGACUAUUUGUGCUUGACACCUUCACCCUUCUUUUGCUAUAGAAACUGGGUCUUGGUGAAAGAGAAGAAAACAUGGGAGGAAGCUCAAGAGUACUGUAGGAUGAACUACAAUGUCUUGGCAUCUCAAACUUCUGCAAUGCAAGAACUGGCUAAAAUAGAGGCUGGGCAAUCUGAGACCGUUAGCGUGUGGCUCGGCCUGCGCUUCCUUGAUGGAAAAUGGUUCUGGUUGAACAAGGAGUCACCGAACAGCUCGGUCUCACUGCCGCCGUGUCCAGCCCAAAAUUACCACUGUGGAGCUCGCAACAUCUACACACAGGCCUGGGAGAACAGACACUGCAACGAGAAGCUUAAUUUCAUCUGCUACUGAAGAGGUUUCCAGAUGUAGGCGAGCAGAAGAAUGUGUGCAAGAAACAGAAGAAUUCAUCCAGAGCUGUGAGUGAUAUGCUGUAGAGUUGGUUUGCUUUAGUGAUAUUUUAAUAUACUGUAUUUAAUCCUAAUUCAGAUAUGUGAGUUAUACACCACUCUGAUUCACUGAACAGUGAAUGAAAUAAUUGUAAUUGUUUUAGUUUAGUCAUUUUCUCUCCUUGAAUAUGAAUGUGUAAAAUC